UGAUUUCGUCAUUCAAUUCCAGCAGUUGAAUGCUGCUAGUUUCCUUGCUGUGGUGCGUUCAUGUCUCUCGCGUGAGACGAUCAUACUUCUUUGCUAAUCGACUAAGAGACGAUAUUCUUUACCUAAUCACUUAUAAUUACUUGGCAACUUCACGGUAGUAUUUACAUUACAAUUUGUGACUGGUUUUCUACUUGUGCGCGAAGGAAGAAUAUAACAAAGUGUGUGCAUAGGGUUCAGUUCCAAACUGGAAAGAAGUCUGGAGCUAGAGAAGGACUCAUCGGACUGCAGGUACUUUCAAGGUAGAGACUAGGCCAAACAGAUCGCCAACCCUCGUCUACUGGAUACAUACCAAGAUUGCAACCUGAGGAUUAAGAAGACUGGUUCUCACGAGACGGACUGAGACUCUGGAAGGCAGAGAUUAAAUUUGCUGGAGGAAAGGAGACGGAUAAGCAGGAGUCAUGACAAGUACAGAGGCUCCGUUGAACAGCACAGAUUUGACGGAAAGCGACGAAGGUCCAGGGAUAAAUGUUCCCGGUUUGGUGGCCAUCAUCGUCUUCUACUUCCUGAUCCUGGCCGUCGGCCUCUGGGCAGCCUGGAAGAAGAAGAGGAAGAGUUCGGACGUCGUUGAAGAACAUGGGGACUCCGAUGAGGUCAUGCUGGCAGGGAGAGACAUCGGUCUCUUCGUAGGAUGUCUCACGAUGACCGCUACGUGGGUGGGCGGAGGCUACAUCAACGGUUCGGCGGAAGCUGUCUUCGCUGACGGGCUGGUGUGGUGCCAGGCGCCUUUCGGCUAUUCCCUCAGUCUCGUUCUGGGUGGAGCAUUUUUCGCUCGCAAGAUGAGAGACAGGCGAUACGUAACGAUGCUGGAUCCAUUGCAAGAAUGCUUCGGUCGGCGGUGGGGGGCUAUGCUGUUCCUUCCAGCGCUGGCCGGCGAGACCCUGUGGUCUGCCUCCAUCCUGGGCGCAUUAGGAUCAACAAUAGCCGUCAUCCUAGACCUGGGAAACGACAUCUCUAUAAUCCUGUCAGCCAUCAUCGCUGUCGUCUACACUAUGUUCGGAGGCUUAUACUCUGUGGCUUAUACGGACGUCAUUCAGCUCUUCUGUAUAAUUUUCGGUCUGUGGUUGGCUAUUCCCUUUGCAAUGCAGCAUGAGGCUGUUGGCUCUCUGGCUCUCAAUGAAACAGACUGGGUUGGAUCAAUUUCGCCUGACACCCCCUGGGUAUGGGCUCAGUGGGCGGACUACUACGUACUUAUGUUCUUCGGAGGAAUCCCGUGGCAGGUAUAUUUCCAACGUGUUUUGUCCUCCCGCACCAGCAAGCAAGCCGAAUUGCUGUCAUACUUCGGAGCCGUCGGCUGCUUUCUAAUGGCUAUCCCGGCUUGUUUCAUCGGAGCCAUUGCAAAAGCAACAGGUACGAACAACAUAUAAGAAAAAUGAAAUAUCCACGCUUAUGAUCAGAGAAAGUUAGUUCUGCCAGUCGUGAUUCAGUAUCUUACGCCGAAGUGGGUUGCGUUCUUCGGGCUCGGAGCUGUCAGCGCGGCUGUCAUGUCCUCGGCUGAUUCUUCCGUGCUCUCUGCUUCGUCCAUGUUCGCGAACAACGUCUACAGAAACGUCAUCAGGCAAAAGGCCACCGACAGGGAACUGAUCUGGGUCAUGAGGGUCGGCAUCGUUGUCGUCGCUGUUGUUGCUACCGUCACCGCCAUCUAUGGCAAGUCCAUCUAUGCGUUGUUCUACUUAUGCGGUGACUUCGUGUACGUGAUGUUGUUCCCGCAACUGACGAUGGCUGUACAUUUCCCAGACUACGUCAACACCUACGGAUCCAUUGUCGGCUAUGUUCUCGGGUUUCUGUUCCGAAUCUUAGGAGGAGAAGAGGUGCUGUACAUUCCGCCAGUUAUAGAAUAUCCUUACUUCAUCAAUGGAGUACAAUACUUCCCGUUCAGGACACUAGCCAUGCUCAUCACUCUCGUGUCGCUCGUAGUCUUCUCCUGGGCGACACAGAAGCUCUACGACCUCGGCUACUUCAAGGACGUCCUCAACGUGUUCGGCAACAAGGACAUCGCCGUCAUAGCAGCGGACGCCAUCAGAGCUCCAUCUCAGCCUGGAGGCCUAGACAAUCCAGCCCUGGAUUUGCACGUCAACGGGAAGAAGCAAGAGCCGCCGGCAGAGUUCUAUAAAGAGGCGAGGGAGAUGGCACACUUUUAAUCGUGUUUAUUUAUUCUCGUCGGCCAAAAGUUGAAAUGACUCAGGUACUUCACCGCUCGUCCAUUUUCUUUAUGAAGAAGCCGUAGGUGGUUAUUUAUUCCUCAUAGCUGCCUGCAAACAUGGAGCAAUAAUGGCGGUGACGAUCCAGUUCAUGCAUCUCAUAAAAACUUCAUUCUGAAAUUAGUUUAAUGUCUCCCAGACAAUAAACCAUUCAAGUAUUUUACUACGUUAUCACAUACAGUACUUCAUAAUGCUUAAACUAAGACUUGGCAAGAAGUAUUUAACAACGUAGCCUGGCCAUCUGACUAAUUCCAUAACGAGACUAAGCUACCUCAUAAAUUUAAAAGUAGGCAGUUC